AUCUUCAUUUACCUCCAUGAGCUUUCCCAUUGUUCUACGUAUUGGUCGGUCAAUGGGGGCUGUCAAACUACGUAAUUACUUUACGAUGUCAGCCAGGGUGAAAAUCACAAUAUUUAACCCUACCGUGGAUUAUCAAUACGUUCUCACUGUAUUUCUUUUGAAAUGAUUACGUGUCAUCCAGGAGGCGCUCCUUGCAGGGGCAGAUAGUUGGGGGGAAGGUACAGAAGAAGAAAGGCUGUCCAAUGCUGGUCGUUGAUAGCAAGAGUGUGAAUUUACUUUGUAGCACAGAUGGAAGAAUGCUGACUAUGCAGAAUGUAGGAAGAACCCUCUUUGACAUUAUGUUGCGUUGUCUUCCACCACUGCUGGCAUCAAGGGUGACUUCAUCAACAGCGAAUGGGCCAUUUGUUUAUUGGUGUGUAUGACAAUCUGUGUCCUUUUGGCAUUGGUCCACUCUGAGAGGCAUUUGCAAAAAUUGCCGGAUUUGGUCUCCCAAAACACCGGUGCCGUGAGGACUUUUACAGAUUCACCAGGAACGUUUCAAAGCUCCGAGGUAAAUUCGCUGGACGCACAUGCAGAAUGAGUCGUGGACCCUUUUUGGAGUUCCUGGCCGGCGGAACACUGUCUUCCCAUCGCUCUUGUCUGGAGUGAAUCAAAGUAGGUCAUGCCUCGGGGGGGCCCCCCUCCUGGCCCAGGGCCCCAAACAUUUGCUUGCCUUGCCUGUUGGCAAGCAGCACGUCUGCCUUUGCAUAUUACAAAAUGUAAAAAGGAAACAACACAGGUAUCUCAUCAGGCUUGGACGGUUGGGUGGGUUGCAGUGCAGGAAGGCGUGUCAGUCGGCAUUGAGCCAUUCUGAAGACCGUGCUCUCCAGUUGGGGGUUUGGUGAGGUGUUUGGCGUUCCCAGGAUUACCUUUUGGGAGGACAUGGUCUGCUAUGGUCAGGAGUGGCAGGGACUGAUGUUGAUGUGCAUUAUUAGGUUCCUCCACAGCAGCCUUUUGGCUUCAAAGUGGGAUCAUUCCUGGUGGUAUCUCGGUGGUACCAUCCCUGGUCUCACUUACACACAGCUACAUCGUCCCUGUGGCGCUGAGGUCUAUGCUUCGUAUGAACACUAGGGGAGGCUUCUUUGCAGAUUUGGUAACUGCUACUGUAUGUUUUUGACCCAAGACGUCAGCACCUACUAUGAACCAAUCCUUAGUGUCCAAUGGCUCACCAAAGGUUGCUGAGCCAGUGUCGGUGUUCUCUUUCAAUGAAUACCCACAACAAAACAGCAAAAAGUCUUUCCAAGGGCAAGCGUGGGUGGUGAGAAUAUGGGGCGUGGCAGAGGAAGUGAAGACGAUUGACGCUCUAACUGAGGAAAUGGAGAACUCAACACGAUCUAAAGACACGGGGUCAACAGAGCGGGCGACCCAGAAACGAAAGAUGCCAAGUCCCUCCCACUCAUCCAAUGGUCACUCGUCUGCUGACACCUCCCCCGGCCCCGUGAAAAAGAAAAAGAAACCAGGUGCCGUUACCAGCAGCAAAGACCAGUCAGAACUAAGACAUGGUCCCUUUUACUAUGUGAAGCAGCCAGCACUCACCACAGACCCUGUUGAUGUUGUACCGCAGGAUGGCAGGAACGACUUCUACUGCUGGCUGUGCCACCGCGAGGGUCAGGUGCUCUGCUGUGAGCUCUGCCCCAGGGUGUACCACGCCAAGUGCUUAAAACUACCAGCCGAGCCUGAAGGCGACUGGUUCUGUCCGGAGUGCGAGAAAAUAACAGUUGCGGAAUGUAUAGAGACUCAGAGCAAAGCCAUGAUGAUGCUGACGAUAGAGCAGCUGUCUUAUCUACUUAAGUUUGCUCUCCAGAAGAUGAAACAACCCGGUGAUCAUCCUCGCUUGCCAUCUCGCUCUCCCCAUGCAGCUUCCACGCAGAGAAAGACUUUUAAUUGGACCGAGCUCUUCCAGAAACCUGUUUCUCUUGAACAACACCCGGAUUAUUCCGAAUACAUUUUUCACCCGAUGGAUCUUUGCACUCUUGAGAAGAAUGUCAAAAAGAAAAUGUACGGCUGCACCGAGGCCUUCCUGGCAGAUGCAAAAUGGAUUUUGCACAACUGCAUCAUAUACAACGGAGGCAAUCACAAACUGACAGCCACGGCUAAAGUCAUCGUUAAGAUCUGUGAACAUGAGAUGAAUGAGAUUGAAGUCUGUCCCGAGUGUUAUCUGUCCGCUUGCCAAAAGAGGGACAACUGGUUCUGUGAGCCGUGUGGCAACCCGCACCCUCUGGUGUGGGCUAAAUUGAAAGGGUUUCCCUUUUGGCCAGCUAAAGCUCUGCGGGAUAAAGACGGCCAAGUGGAUGCUCGCUUCUUCGGUCAGCAUGACAGGGCCUGGGUCCCUUUAAAUAACUGUUACCUCAUGUCCAAAGAGAUUCCUUUCUCCGUGAAGAAGACAAAAAGCAUCUUCAACAAUGCCAUGCAAGAGAUGGAAGUCUACGUGGAGAACAUGAGGAAGAAGUUUGGUGUAUUUAACUACGCUCCCUUCAGGACACCCUACACGCCAGACAACAGCUUUCAAAUGCUGCAAGAUCCCGCCGACCCCUUAUCCACUAGCGUCAAGUCAGAGAAACAGGAAAAAAUCAAGCUCAGCUUUGACAUGACAUCAUCUCCAAAGAUCUCCUUAACCAGAACCAUGUUAUGUGGAAGUGGCAUCGGAGGGAUCGCUACAGGUCGCAGACUGCCGAGUGACAUGCCUCGCUCCCCCAUGAGCACCAACUCCUCAACCCAUACUGGAUCAGAUGGGGAGGACACCACAGACAGGUCCCAGAUGAAAGCCCCAAACAGCCAGGCAAGCAUGGGAGAAGAAUUCAUAGAACCUACAGCAUCACCGACUCAUACUCGAACUGGUCAGGCUGCCAAUUUAUCGGACAGUCCCAAACCUUCCCACCCGCAAUCUCUUAGCAACCCCAAGCAGGAGAAGGCACAGCUGACAGGCAGCAUCCUGAACCUUCAUCUAGAUCGCAGUAAAGCAGACAUGGACCUGAAAGAGCUGAGUGAAACCGUUCAACAGAAGCUGGGAACCACGCCUGUUCUCACCUCUCCAAAAAGACAAAUCAAGAGCCGUUUCCAGUUGAACUUGGACAAAACCAUUGAGAGCUGUAAGGCACAGCUGGGUAUCGAGGAGAUCUCCGCUGAUGUGUACAAAGGUGUGGAGCACAGUGACUCUGAGGACUCUGAUAAAUCUGAUUUUAGCGACAGUGAGUAUGCUAGUGAUGAGGGACCAAAGGUCAAAGAUCCCCAGGACUCCGCGCCCCCUGAGAAAGUCCAGAAGGAGAGCAUGGCCAAAGAUCAAACAUCUCCAUGCAGCCAUGCGGACAAACCCGAUGCCCCUCUCAUAUCUAAGUCUGCAGCAGCGGAUGUCAGUGCAACGCCGUCAGAAACUUCGCCUGAAGAGAAAGGAAGCAAAGAGAAAGAGAGCCCAGAGAAAAGCACAUCUCCCCCAGCAUCGCCCGUGUCCACGGAGAAGGGUCGGGUGCCAGAAGAGGCGAUGCAACGUGUGCCCGUGGAGGAUUCUGAUUCCGAGAGGGAGCUGGUUAUUGACCUCGGGGAGGAGCAAGGCAACAAGGACAAGAGAAGACGUAAAAAGGAUAGCACUGUUAAAGAGUCAUCUGCUGCUAAAUGUGAAGGUAAGUCCCUGACCCCUUCGACGCUUCCAUCCCAAAACAGCACAACCCCUUCCACGCCCUCCAGCGUUUCCUCGCAGUCCCCGAUGGCCGUUCCUGUCACCAUGAUCUCCCUGACCACACCUUCUCCAGCAAAUGUUAGCCUGGCCACGGUCUCCAGUGCCCCUGCGACCCCGCCCUCUUCCUCGUCCUCGUCAGCCUCUACCACACCCGCUUUGAAAAAACAGCGCCCUCUGCUGCCCCGUGAGACCGUGCCGGUAGUGCAGAGCGCUGUGGUGUGGAAUCCCACCGCCAAGCUCCAGACCUCCUCGCAGAAGUGGCCCGUGCGUCAGCAACAGAGCCAGCAGCCCGGGGCGGCCGCCCAAAUUCAAGCGUCAUCGCCCAGACAGGGCCAGACGCAAGCGUCCGACAACGGCUCCACGUUAGCGUCCUCAUCUUCAGCAUCUUCCCAAAGCACACGUUAUCAGACCAGACAGGCGAUCAAAGCCGUGCACCUGAAGGACACACCACUGAGUACAUCAGCGGUCACCCUGGUGUCCAGCAGUCCUGCCUUAGCGUCGGGUUUAGGCACGUCUUCUUCAUCCUCAUCGGUGGAGAGCGAGCAGUACAUCUCCACAGCCUCGGCAGAUGUUGCUGCAGAUAUCGCCAAGUACACCAACAAAAUCAUGGAUGCGAUCAAAGGUACGGUGACUGAAAUCUACAGUGACCUAUCAAAGAGCUCUUCAGGAAGUACUAUUACCGAAAUGAGACGACUUAGGAUUGAAAUUGAAAAGUUACAGUGGUUACAUCAGCAGGAGUUGGCGGAGAUGAAGCACAACCUCGAGCUUACAAUGGCUGAGAUGAGGCAAAGUCUGGAGCAGGAACGAGAGCGACUGGUGACGGAGGUGAAGAAACAGCUGGAGCAGGAGAAGCAACAAGCGGUGGAUGAAACCAAGAAGAAACAGUGGUGCGCUAACUGCCGCAAGGAGGCCAUCUUCUACUGCUGCUGGAACACCAGCUACUGCGAUUACCCCUGCCAGCAGGCUCACUGGCCCGAACACAUGAAGUCCUGCACUCAGUCAGCCACGGCUCCACAGCAAGAACCCGACGCCGAGUCUACGGGAGACUUGCCCGGCAAAAGUGGAGGACAAGCAAACUGUGGACCAAACAACCUGCGAGACACGCCCGUCUCCGCGCCAUCGGAUAAAGACUCUGAGACAGGAAACAGCAGUGACAAUGUUGCUGUCCCUUUGUCUUAACUGUUCAAUAUACUCAUCCCCCCCGCCCCCCAACCCCCAACCCCCACUACACAUCUGUUUUCUCUAUGUUCCCUUUAAACGUGGGUGUAUCCAAACUAUGAUUAUCCAUUUCUUUGUCCUUUUAUGGCUCAAUGGUAUCUCCCUGUGCUCCGUCUCCUUUCACUUCCCGGUGUGAAAACUACACUUGGAAGUUCCCGGGAAAAGGGGGCCAGUUAAAAAAAGAGUGCACUACAUGCAGUAUUCCAUGUACUCGGCUUGGUCAGGAAUUUGUGGGAGCGUGCAUGACUGUCUCAAAGGUACGUGUACUAAGUGUAAAGAACUAAAACUGCAACCAUGUAACCAGUUCACUAUUACAGUUAGUUACUUUUUUAUGAUAUUAACUUAUUUGUUAUUUGCCUGCUGUAUACGGUAUUCCCAAGAGAAGAAUGAA